CCCUCCCUCCCUCCGCUCUGCUCCUCGCAGCAGCGCCCGCCCUAGCGGGCCCUCGCCAUGUGACACGCCCUGUCCAAUGGGCAGCCGGGGCGGUGGGGAUCCGGCUGGAACCGGUUGGGCCGUGUCCGGCUCUAUAUAAAACUUUAUAAACACCCAAUUCAAAUUAGUGGGGUCGCGAGCGGCACGAGCGAGCCCGACCGCCGGAUCUUCCCCCCCUCCCUCCUCAUCUUCUUUCGGUUCUUCUUCUCCCCGCAAGCCGUCCUUCCCCGCCGGGAUCCCUCCUGCCUCUUUUCCUUCCUCGCCGUCGCCUCAGCCGAGCCGCUUUCUGUCCUUCCGCACCCUCCUGGCAGACGCCGAAAUGCCCAAGAGAAAGGCUGAAGGGGAUACCAAGGGUGACAAGGCCAAAGUGAAAGAUGAGCCACAGCGGAGAUCAGCAAGAUUAUCUGCUAAACCUGCUCCUCCAAAACCAGAGGCUAAACCUAAAAAGGCAGCUCCAAAGAAGAGUGAGAAGGUACCUAAGGGGAAGAGAGGGAAAGCUGAUGCAGGCAAGGAUGGGAACAACCCUGCAGAAAAUGGAGAUGCCAAAACAGACCAGGCACAGAAAGCUGAAGGUGCUGGGGAUGCCAAGUGAAUCGUGUGAAUUUUUGAUAACUGUGUACUUCUGGUGACUGUACAGUUUGAAAUACUAUUUUUUAUCAAGUUUUAUAACAAUGCAGAAUUUUGUUUUACUUUUUUUUUUUAAAGCUGUGUUGUUAGCACACAGAACGCUUUGUUGUUGUGUUUUGGGGAGGAGAGGGGGCAAAUGUAAUUGACUCUGUUACUUAGAAUCUGGGAUUUUAAAGGUUCCCUUCAUCUUUGCAAGAGGGAUUCUUGGGCACAAGAAAGGAGGGGUCCUGAUUCCUGAUACUGUAAAUCUGUAAUGUUUUUUGAAAUGCCUUUGAGUAAAUAUUGAAAUUCCCCACUAGUUUUGUCUGAGGAGGCAGUACAACUUAAAAUUGUAGUUAGACUUCCUUUGUUUUCAUUGUCAUUUGCAUUGCGUUUAUCACUCCUCUGGGAAUGGCAUAUGGUGUUUUGAUAUUUGCUCUCAAAUCAAAUGCAUUCUGACAGUGUCAGGCGAUCCAGGUUUCUCAUGUCAAAUAAGGAAAAGGAGCAUGGCUUUAAAAUGAGUCACACUUUUUAUAUUGUGAAUCUUCAAAUUAAGAAUUCUACAGUUAUGUUUCCCCCUAAAAGUCAGGGUAGGCUUGUGAAAAGUUGUUAAACAACAUAUUAAAUGUGAAAGUGUCGCCCUCACUCUAAACUUUCCCUGUUCCAAGUAUGAGUUGAAGAAUCUUCAUUGGGUUUUAUAUAGUAACUUUACAUUUUGGUAGUCCAAGGAGGAGGUGAGUUGUAAAACAUUGCAGAUUGUAGCCCAUAUCCUGCCUGAAUACCAUUGAUUGUUUUAUGAAAAGUACCUUUAAUAAAGCUGGAUAUCGUUUGGCUUGGA